AUGGCUGCUACUAUCGACAGUGACUCUGAUAGUAACGAAUAUAUUCGAUUUCAUAACUUGGAAUUUCGAUCGUCUGGUUACGAUGUUUCCGAUGCCGUGUAUUGUAAAAUACGAGAUGAAAUCGACGCUCGCUAUUUGCUUAAAGGAAUACGUAAAGCAACUUCCUACUUUACAAAACCUCAAUUAAUUGUAUCAAUCCUGGGUGGAACAGAUAGACUGGAAACGUUAAUUCAACGAGAAGCAAUAUGUAGAACCGUUAAUCGAUUAACUAAAAUGGCUAGAUGCUAUUUGAUUACUAGUGGUAUCAAUUCAGGUGUUGUUAGAUCCAUUGCCGAGGAGAUUAAAAGUCGUGAAUCUGCCGAUUUCGGCUUAGAUAUACCUUUACUAGGCGUAUGCACCUAUAAAGAUGUUGGAAAGCAUGAAUUGUGGUCUAAAAUAAAGGAUCAAGAUACAUUGAUCUAUGAUAUUAGCGUUGGAGACGAAGCCAACCAUAAUGACUUAAAUGCAUUUCAUGACUGUUUCAUAUUGGUGGAUAAUAGUUAUGAAGGGGAUUAUCAUAAUGAAGUCCAAUUACGGUGUUCAUUAGAGCAUGAAAUUAGGAAUAUGGGCAAAGACAAACUGUUACUUGGUACUAGUACAACGAGCAAGGAUGAUGAUAUGUCAGGCGACUUUAUACCUGCUGUAUAUUUGUUAGUUGGUGGUGAUCUUAGAGCUUUAGAAAUGGCAUCUAUAGCACUUCAUAAAGGAUAUCCUGUCUUUGUAAUUAAGGACACUGGUGGUUCAGCGAAACUUCUUACCAACCUGAUAGAAAAUCAAGAGGAUAGCUCACCAGAACAGAUAGCCGCAACAUUUAUGGAUAUCUUCGCUUUUAAGAAAAAGAAACAUCAAAAUAUUGUAUUGAGAUACGUUGAUAUGUUACAGAAAACAAUUGCAUUACGAGACCAGGUUAAAAUUAUCGGAAUCCAUGCGGCUAAAGGAUUUGUAGAAGAAAUCUUUGAAAUGCUACUGAAAGGAAAUAGUUAUAAGGGAAGUAUUAAUCAUAACUUUUAUUGUGAAAUAGUGCAUGGUACCGAAAUUGAUAUCGAAUACAAACUCAGAUUUUUAUGGGGAAAAAUAGAUACUAGAAAACUAAGUGAAGAUAUAAUAAAUUUGGUCAGCAAAAGAAAAUCUCAUCGGAUGUCCCUUGAUUACUUGAUUAAGUGCGCGUACAUUAAAGGUCUAAAGGAUGUUAUUUACACACUAAUACGAAAUGGUACUCUAAGCUAUAUUGAAGCAUUAGAUAGGGCUAUCACAUAUGAAAUCGCUCGAGGUUCAGUAGAAACUAUUGGUGUCGUUGAUUUUUUACUGGAUAACGCUGGGUCGAAAAUAAAACAUUUUGUCAACCUAGAUAGAAUUAAACUAAUGUACAAGCAUCAAAGCAACACGGAAGACUUGACAAUGACGGAGGCUGGUAGCCUGUUAGCAAAGAUUAUGGAUUUCGGUUAUAAAAAUCCAUACGAAGAAGUAGCAACUUACACUUCAGUUGAGGAAUUUUCAAAUGCAGGAAAAGACUCAUUAGACCCAUUCCGCAAUCUCUUCUUGUGGGCUAUAUUAACCGGCAAAUUAGAACUUUCUUUCCUCUUUUGGAAGAGAAUUAAAACGCCGUUAAUUGCUGCAUUAGUUGGUUAUAAAGUAUUACACUAUUAUAGUAAAGACGACAAACGUACUAACCCGCCUGCAGAUCAUUGUCUAGAAUUGGCUGAAAAAUAUAGAAGACUGGCGUACCAAAUGGUUAAUGAGGCUUACAACAGUGAUGUUGGUGGUACAAUUUAUAUGCUACUUCGAGAAUUACCUGAUUGGGGUGGUGUAUCAUGUUUUUCUGUAAUUAUGUUGACCAAGGGCUUAAAUGAGUUUAUUUCACAUGAUUCCUACGUUGUAUCUCUACGAUGCAUUUGGAGCGGCGAUUUAUUAAUUGCCGAGAAACAAGGUUCUACACCAACCAGUCUUCAAUUAUUUCAAACAGUUUACUGCAACUUUUACAUUAUGAAAGACAUAAAUCUACGGCCAUCUAAUGCAAUACAACCUCAUGAUUUAGAAACUGGAAUAGUUAAACCUACUUCUUGUUCGAACACUUGCGGAACUUUUGUUAGAAUUAGCCGAUUUUAUUACAUUCCUAAAGUAAAAUACUUCCUAAAUUCGGUUUACUUUUUAACAUGUUUAAUACCCUUUGUCCCUUUAAUCUUGUUGCAUGACAUUCAGAUAUUUUAUCUGAUAUUUCUGGCUUUGUAUGGCGCCUUUAUUACACUUUUUUUCGGCAAUGUAACUUCUCCGAUAGAGAUUGCAACUGCCAUUUGGGUUUUAGCCUUAGCAGUCGAGGAGAUUAGUCAGAUUAUGUGGGAACCCACCUGGACAAUCUGUGGUAAAAUCCGCUUAUGGUUAAUGGAUGUCUGGAACGCAUUGGAUUUUAUGGCCAUCAUUAUAUUUGCUACAGCAUUUAUUAUGCAUUUCUUCACGAUAUUAGUUGAAGCUAGUCGGAUACUAUAUUGCGUUGACCUGAUCAUCUUCAGCAUUCGUUUACUGCAAGUAAUAUCUCCUUCGAAAAAUCAUGGACCGAAAUUAAUUAUGAUUCGUAAAUUGUUAGGAGAUUUGAUUUCAUUUCUGGUCAUACUCUUCGUCUUUUUGGUGGCGUUUGGUAUCGCUAGUCAUGCUAUACUCUAUCCUAAUCGCAUUUCGGGCAAAAGUGCAGUUGUUUCAAUCUUACUAAUUCCAUAUUGGCGAAUUUUUGGCGAUUUGAAUAUAGACAGUACAGAAAAUAUUAUCAAAUGCGCAACCACUAAUACCUCAAAUGCUACAGUUGCUGGAAUAACAUACUCUUACUACAACUGCCUUGCAGUAGAGAUAGUUGUGAAUGCUCUCCUAAUCAUUUAUCUCUUGAUUGCCAUCAUUCUCCUUCUUAAUUUGUUGAUUGCAAUCUUAAAUAAAAGAUACGACGAACUGGACGGCGAUGCUAAGAAAUUAUGGGCUCAGCAAUUCACAGCCCUUGUUAGAGAAUACGUCUUCCGAACGCCUUUUAUACCACCGCUCAAUCUAAUACAAACAGUAGUCUCCGUUAUUUCUCAUAUCGUUAGUCUGCGCUUGAAAUCACUACUUCAAAGUGUUAGCGAUGAAGAUUUUGCAAAAUCUUUGAAAUUGCCUGAUAUUAGCAACAUCAACAUUCCUUACGACGCUCUUCCGGAUAUUGAAGAAGAUUUAAAGAAAGAAUUAAUUGCGAACAACGCUGAAUUUGGGCAGAAAGAUAAACUUAAGAGGCUGCAACGAUUUUGGAAAGGAGACAAUAACGAUAGCCGUUAUUUAAUCAAACAGCAAAGUCGCUUAGCAGCUGAUAGAUUUGAGAAACAGAAUAAAGAUGUAACAAAAUUGAAAGGAGAUAUGAAAAACCUACGAAAUGAUAUGACAGAAGUGAAAAGAUUAAUGUAUAAUGUAUGUAAUAAAAUUGAACGGGCACAACUGCCAAGGCAAUCAACUUUGGCGGAACAAGAUCGUAUUAAUUACCGACCCGAAACCUAUAAAAGAAAAUAG